CCGACAAUGAGGCUCCAUAAAAGGGAACGGCAGGGGGCUGGGGCCCCGGAUUGAACUCUCCCUGUCCGGGGUCCCGACGCAGCGGGUCUCGGGGAGGCCCGGACGUGCCCGUCUCAAGUCCGGCCACCCGCGGGGAGUGGGCGAGGGGCGGCGGGGAGGGGGUGGUGCAGGCGGGAGGUGGUGGAGCGCCCAGGCCUGCGCGCGGGUUCUCCAGCGUCCAGCCGCCGCGAUAUCCCCAGCCGCACUAUGGCCCUGAAGGCCGAAGGCGCCGCACUCGACUGCUUCGAGGUGACACUGAAAUGUGAGGAAGGGGAGGAUGAGGAGGAGGCCGUGGUGGUGGCGGUAAUUCCGCGGCCCGAGCCGAUGCUCAGAGUGGCCCACCAGGAGAAGACCCCGCCGCGGAGGCCCAGCCUGCUGGAGGCGGGCAGCAGUAGCUGCGAGGAGCCCAGGCAGCAGGUGUCCUGGGAGCAGGAAUUCCUAGUGGGGAGCAGCCCAGGAGGCAGCGGGCGGACGCUGUGCAUGGUGUGUGGGGCAGAGAUCCGGUUCCCCUCAGCCGACACAGCGCGUGCGCACAUCCUGGAGCAGCACCCCCACACGCUGGACCUGAGCCCUUCGGAGAAGAGCAACAUCCUGGAGGCCUGGAGUGAGGGGGUGGCCCUUUUGCAAGAUGUCAGAGCUGAUCAGUCAUCCCCACCCAACUCAGACCCGGGCCAGGAUGUCGGUGCAGACCCUGACUCUGCCCCAGACCCCGACACGAUGCCAGCAGAGAUUGUCGUUCUCCUUGACUCUGAGGACAGCACGUCCCGCCCUAGAAGGACCCGGCCCAGGGGACUCCGCCCACUUGAGCUUCCAGCUACCCCUCCCACAGAGCCAGUAAAUAAGAAGCCCCGUGGUCAGAGGUGGAGGGAGCCCCCUGAGGAAGAGCCAGUCAGAAAGAAAAGAAGCAGAUCCAUGACCAAAAACCUGGACCUGGACCUAGACCUGGACCCUGACCCUGACCCAGACCCCCCGUCACCUGACUCACCCACAGAGACUUUCGCGGCUCCCACCGAGGUCCGACACUUCACUGACGGCACCUUCCCUCCCGGCUUCGUCCUCCAGCUCUUUUCCCACACCCAGCCGAGGACCUCACACAGCAAGGACGCGCCCAAAGAGGGGACAGUGGCCGAAGGCAGCCUUCCGCAGCCAGAAAGCCCCUCUCCAGGUUCCCCUUCGGGACUUCGUGGGACGCUGGACCUGCAGGUCAUCCGCGUGACGGAGGAGCCCCUGGCAGUCAGCCCACUGCAGGACUGGUCCAGGCACCCCCCGGGGACCAAGGCUGUGGGAGCAGGUGACACCCCAGGCCAGCCCGUGGUUCUGUGGCCCAGCACCACCGUCUCGGGGCAGCGAGAGGCAGCAGGUGGUUCGCAGGUCCCUCCUCCCCGGGGAAGCGGGGUGGAGCGGGCAGUGUCCCCUUCUGGCUCUCAGAGCUGCCCCGCUGUGCCACCUGAUGAAGAGUAAAACCAGGUGCCAAGGCAGGAUGAAGGCAAGGAAGGGGGCACAGAAACACAUCUGCCCGGCAAGGUGGGCAAGGGUGGUGGAGGCCAGCGUGC